GGGGGUCGUCACAGCAGAUCUCUCACGCGACAACCUUCCAGCCAAUCAACCCCCGAUAGCCUCCCCGCUGAGUUCCGAGUGUGGAAUCGGAAACAGACCAAACGUUCCCAUCUUCGUGCAACCAAACCCUCCGCUCAGUCCUAUCUCCGGCGACCGACCGAUCAAUCCCCUGAAUCGCCAUGUAUAGAGCUGCGGCUUCGAGGCUCAGGGCUCUUAAGGGCCGCUCCUCUGGCAGGGUACCGGUUAGAUUUGCAAGUGCCGCUGCUGUUGCGACUAGCACGUCCUCUUCGGGUGGCCUCUUUGGCUGGCUCACUGGGAGUGGGUCGAAGGCUUCUGCUCCUCUCGAGUUCCCUCUAGCAGGUGUUACCCUUCCACCUCCAUUGCCUGAUUAUGUUGAGCCGAGUAAGACGAAGAUUACUACUCUCCCUAAUGGCAUCAAAAUAGCCUCUGAGACUUCUCCGAACCCUGCAGCUUCAAUAGGUUUAUAUGUUGAUUGUGGCUCAAUUUAUGAAACACCGAUAUCUUUUGGUGCAACACAUCUCUUGGAACGCAUGGCCUUUAAAACGACCAGGAACAGAAGCCACUUGCGUGUUGUUCGAGAAGUGGAGGCAAUUGGAGGAAACGUGCAAGCAUCUGCUUCUCGGGAGCAGAUGGGGUACUCCUUUGAUGCCUUAAAAACUCAUGUCCCAGAAAUGGUAGAAUUACUGAUUGACUCUGUAAGGAACCCUGUGUUUCUGGAUUGGGAAGUCAAUGAACAGCUUAAAAAGGUGAAGUCAGAGAUUGCUGAGAUCUCCAAUAACCCCCACGGCUUCCUUUUGGAGAUAAUUCAUUCUGCUGGUUAUGCUGGUGCAUUGGCUAAUCCCCUUUUAGCUCCAGAAUCUGCAAUAAACAGACUAAAUGGGACUAUUUUGGAAGAAUUUGUUGCUGAAAACUACACUGCUCCCCGUAUGGUACUUGCUGCUACGGGUGUUGGGCAUGAGGAGUUGCUAUCAAUUGCUGAACCUUUAUUAUCUGAUUUAUCCAGUGUCCCUCGCCCAGAGGAGCCAAGAUCCGUGUAUACAGGAGGUGACUACCGCUGUCAAGGUGAAUCAGGGAGGACCCAUUUCGCUCUUGCAUUUGAACUUCCUGGUGGCUGGCAUAAUGAGAAAGAUGCUAUGACUUUGACCGUCCUUCAGAUGUUAAUGGGAGGUGGUGGAUCAUUCUCUGCUGGUGGUCCAGGGAAAGGAAUGUAUUCCAGGCUAUAUCUUCGUGUAUUAAAUGAAUAUCCCCAAGUUCAGUCAUUUUCAGCAUUCAGCAACAUCUACAAUAGAACUGGCCUCUUCGGCAUCCAAGCUACCACGGGAUCUGAUUUUGUACCACAAGCCAUCGAUAUAGCUGCUAGGGAGCUCAUUGCCGUCGCAACCCCCGGAGAAGUUGAUCAAGUGCAGCUGGAUCGUGCGAAACAGUCUACAAAAUCCGCAAUUUUGAUGAACUUGGAAUCCAGAAUGGUUGCUGCAGAAGAUGCCGCCAGGCAAAUUUUGACGUAUGGUGAGAGGAAACCUGUUGAACAUUUCUUGAAAACAAUUGAUGAAGUGACACCAAAGGACAUCGCGUCUAUUGCUCAGAAGCUUCUGUCCUCUCCAUUGACAAUGGCAUCAUAUGGAGACGUUAUUUAUGUCCCGAGCUAUGAUUCUGUCAGCAGCAAGUUCCAGAAAAAAUGAAAUAAGCUGCAAUAAGCUUAACUGGGGCAGUACCUGAUCUGUUACUAUCUUUAUCUCCGGGUUGGUGCAUGGAAAUCUUUAUGCUCGCUCCUUGCUCUCAGCCAUUUGAUUUGGAGUAUAUCUUUCCAAAUUAAUAAAUCAGUGAUCCGAGAAGCAGAACUCUCUAGUUAGAUUUUUUUGUUUGUGUAUGCUUUGUUCUGUUCAGAUCUACUGUAGGUUGGAAAGGCAUUAUACUUUCCAUUAAAUCGAAAAAUUAACAGUUCUUUGAUGAGGUUUUCUCGUAUUUCAUCAUUUUUGUGAACUUAUCUUCGACGAUGCGUUGCACAUACAGAAGAACUUUGAGGGCGACGGGCUGUCUCUCUGUUUGAUUUUA